ACGAGAAAUCUUCUGCAAACAUCCAGCCUGUUGAACACUGUUAGCUUGCUUACUUUUCUUUAUCGUUUUAGGGUAAAAGAGGACAGAUAAUUUGAAACACAAUGGCAGUGGCAUGAAACCGUUUCUUAUGCUGUUAAGACUAAACAAGUCAAGCUGUUUGCUUAAACUGAAACCUAACUUUAGCUAACGUUAUUGAAGCAAGUGUCCAGCACGUAUUUCCACGAUGUUAAAAUUCAACUUCAGGAGGGAGAGAGACAACGAGUUUAAGCAUAUAGCUCAUGGUUUGAUCCCUGCUGCCUCCAUUGCUCCCAAGCCUGCUGUGCCUCGUACCCCGCCCCCACGCAGCCCAAACCCCUCACCCGAGAGACCCAGAUCAGCCUUAGCAGCAGCCAUCUGGUCUUCAUCGCUCACUGGACAGACAUGGGCCCUCCCCCCCAUCCGGCCAAGGUCUUUCUCUGAGAGUGGCCAAUCAGAGUCCUUCAUAUCUGAACCAAACAUCAGCACAGACCUUUUCAUCAGAGACAGAUGGUCAGACGAUUUGGGCAGCCGACCGUGCCUGUCCUCCCCUGACCACUCAGAGGAGGAGUUGGAAGACAAGGAAGAGGAGGUGGAGAGUGAGGAGGACAGGGAGGAACAUGUUUACCAAACUCUUGACAGAAAGGAGAAUUGUGUGAUCACAGAACCUAUCUAUUCUCUGCCACUAAAACCGAAGACCUGUACACACCAGCUCAUUCAGAUGUCUAGCAGAAGAGCGCCUUCUCCAGAUCUUUCGGAGGAAACCAGUGUCCUUUGUCCCGGAGUCAGCAGUGAUUCUACCAAGAAGAAAGCCUCUGUCAGGAAGAGCGCUGGAAGUCGGGGAGGUGUGCCGUCCGAGCUACCCAUCCUAACCACCGACCAACCCAGCCAAGCCAAAGACCUGAAACCCCCCACCCAGCCGUCUCCAAAGCUCAGCAGGGCAUGCGAUGAGGUGCAGAGGGAGGUAGCAGGGGCCUUGCCAGUGAAGGACACAAGGAUGGUGGAUGAACAAAAGCUACUGGAGGAGAGACUGCAACGGCUGGAGCAGGAGAUCAGUCACAGCCAAGCCGCCUCUAACCCGAGGUCAUCUGCAGGCAGCCAGGCAGAGCUACUGAAUCUGAGGCAACAGGCUCAGGAGCUGGUGGAUGAAAAUGACGCCCUCAAAUUGACAGUUCACCGUCUGAAUGUGGAGCUGAGCCGCUACCAAACCCUCUUCAGACCGUUGACCAAACAGGAAAGCUCAAGAAUCAGCGGCUUACCAAAGACAGGGUCUCCUCCUCCCUGGCUGCUUGACAUGAAGUAUUUAUCUCCUUUGGUGCUGGCCUAUGAAGACAGGAUGAACGAGAAAGACGCACUUCUGCAAACCACUGAGGAGGAGGUGAAGAGGUUGCGUGUUCAUGUAGAGGCUGUAAUCAAAGAAAACGAGAGACUCCAUGAUGACGUCACAAAGAUCGAAGGGGUCAGCCAGAAGAACUGUCAUCAGCUACAACAACAGGCCCUUCUGGUAUUGCAGGAGAACCAGGUUCUGAUUGAUCAGCUCGAGGCUCAGCACGUUAAGGCCAAGGCCAGCCACAGCAGACACCAUUCUGAAGUUUCCAAGGUGUGUAAGCAGCUGAUGUUGUUGGAAGCAGAAAAGCAGCAUUUGCAGGAGGACCUGGAAGAGAGCAGGAGACAGUUGCAGAAAAAUGGAAGGGAUGUACAAGUGCUGCAGGCCCGUCUCAAGGAUGCCGUCACGUGGGACGAACACUGCGACAUAGCUGGGAAACUCAGGCGACAAUUGGAGCAGCAGGAGAGUAGGAACAAGAGUGAGAUGGAUAAGACACGUCUCAGAUCGUCCAGCCUGCAAGAGGAGAACAGGAGUCUGGCUCUGGACAAGGCCAACCUGACUGCUGAUAUAAAGAGAAUGGAGGCUGAGCAGGAUCUCACCAAACAAGCCAACAGGAAAGCUGAGAGGAGGAUGAGUGUAUUGAAGAGACAGAAGGAAGAGUGCGCGUUGAAAGAGGAAAACACUCGGCAUUACAUGGGAGCUGUCAUUUCUGUGGCUGAGCACAUUUCCCUGGAGAGAGACCAACUAUUACAAAUGGCUUCGGUUCUUCAGCAGGAAAAGCAGGGAUUCGUCAGCAGGAUCCUGAAUGGCACAUUACGAUUUGGAAAACUACAGGAAGAAGUCAAAGUAGGUUCAUUCAAAACGUCACUUUCACACUACAACCGUUGUCACUGACCUAAGCCCCGGAACUACCCUGCUGCAUGGCGGGCGGGUUAAUCUCAUCUUAACCCCUGAUGCCAGAGUAGCAUGUGAGGCUACAACUUUGGCUCAGCUGGUGCCUCAACAGUCCACACUUAAACGCAGCAUUUUAUCUGAAGUCAAUUUUGUCCAAGAUAACACUCCAAUUUAUUUUCUAUUGAUCAGCCCACUCCACUGCACUUGAUAGUCCAUCUACUAUCAGUCUCCACUACUCAGAAUGCAUAAAUUGACUAACACUUGCUCAAGCUGAAUUCAUUGACUUUCUAGCUCUUCGUUUUCCUAUCUUUAAUAAAGUGUAGAAUCAACAGAGCAGAGUCAGCAUGUGAAAUGUAAAGCGAACACCAGCAAUGAUAGCAGUGUUGCUGUGUGUGUGCCGGUCUCUCUGACUUUGGCCCAUUGAUCUGUAUUGAUCUGAGUAUCUCUGUGACACUGCUCCCACUAGUAGCUAUGGUGCUUACUUCCUUAUAUCCGUGGCACUGAUGUUAUUCCUGCUGCUCAUUACUUUCUGAUGUCUGCUGCUGAUACCAGUGUCGUAGUACUCGAGACCAGUCUUCAAGACCCCUUUCUCAAGGUCCCACUCUCGUCUCGUCUCGUCUCGGCCGUGCUUUUACUUUCUCUCGUCUCGGUCUCAGACAAAGAGACUCUGGAUUUUACGUCGAAACCACAACUGUGGGGAUAUCACUAAGUUGCCUGUGCCUGUCUGAUUAUUGUCUGAUAAUUACUGUGAUUGGAUGUAAAACUUCCUGCUUCAAAUGCAACCAAUAACUUCAUUGAUUUCUAAUUUGAAUUGUCUACUUUUUGGCUGUCGCCACUUUGUUCAGACCUGCCGUAGCUUUAAUAUAAAUAAGAAAAGAAUUUCAAGAUUUGUUACAACACUUGUUUGUCUGUUUAAUAUCACCUUACAAUUUAUUAAUUCAAAAAUGGUUAAUUUCUGAUCUGUGCUAAUGAACUUGGAUGUUUUUUAGGUAUAGGAGGCUGUAAUAGACACUAUAUGAUCAUCAUGACAUCUUUUUUCUUUCCAUUCUGUGACAAAAACUGCAUUCCAUCUCUUUCCAGACUAUUCCAGCAAAUCCCCAUGGCAACCUUUUCUACAUCUGCCUAAAUGCCAGUUUGAAUCUUAGCGCUGUGAUGACAGUUGUGCUGCAGUGCCAAUUGGUACAUCCUGUCAUUAUUGGUUUGUUUGUCAUGCCAGGCAUUGGUCCGGCAGAGUUAGUGCCUUGCUCUAGGGCCGGUGCUCUGUGUUCCAGCCAUCAGCAGCUCUUGUCAUUCGAGCCACAUCAGGGAAACAUCUCAGUGGGUCUGACAAUUUUAUUUGUGUCUCUAUAGCAACAGCCCAGAGAGAAAGAGAUGUGUGUUUCUGUGUGUGGAUGAGAUUUAUAUUGGCGGUAAUUAGACCAUUGAAAGUAUUUUAUAUUUCAUUCAGUGUUUCCUACAGGAUGUUGGGGGUCCUGGUACAUGCUCCCCUGGACAUUUAAGAAAAAAAUAAAGAGGAUCUAUGAAGAACUUUGUGCUCUUGUAAACAAUGUUGUGCCCUCGCAGUGAUGGA